AUGCCAAUUGGCAGUUGCACAGUAUCAAGUGCCCUGAGGAGGGUGUCCCUCAGUCACGAAACACAUCCAUGCAGAAGAUUCCUGACGUCUCAAUUUCGCAGUCUUCAGGAAACUGGAGCACCAGUUGACAUCCAUCCCGAGGUGGAAGAGGCACUUAGCCAUAACAAACCGGUAGUAGCCCUCGAGUCCACCAUCAUCACUCAUGGAAUGCCAUACCCCACUUCUAUCGACAUGGCACGGUCGGUGGAGAAUACCGUCAGGUCUACAGGGUGUAUCCCUGCAACCAUAGGAAUUAUAGAUGGUCGCGUAAAGAUCGGUUUAGAGCCUAGUCAACUUGAACGGCUGGCAAGCCGCAGCGGUAACCCGUUGAAAAUAUCCAGGCGAGACAUAAGUGCUGCCAUCGUAUCCGAGAGGGAUGGCGGCACUACCUGUAGUUCAACUCUCAUAUUUGCUGCACUGGCUGGAAUUAGGGUCUUUGCCACUGGAGGUCUGGGUGGCGUGCAUCGAGGAGGAGAGAAUACAUUGGAUGUCUCGGCCGACUUGCACGAGCUCACUCGUUGUUCUGUAGGACUGGUGUGUGCCGGGGUCAAAUCAAUACUGGAUAUUGGGAGGACACUUGAAUACCUUGAAACACUUGGGGUGCCGGUUAUAUCCUAUAGAGAAACCAAAGACUUUCCUGCGUUCUAUAGUCGGAAAAGUGGCCACCAGGCGCCAUGGAAUGUCACCAAUGCUAUUGAUGCAGCUCGAGUACUUUACACACAUCGGCAAUUAGGAAUGACAAAUGGAGCACUAUUCGCGGUUCCAAUCCCCGAGAAGUAUGAAGCCAAUGGUGCUGUCAUACAGGAGGCCGUAGAGCUUGCAGUGCGUGAGUCGGAGGAGUCUGGAAUAUCAAAGCUUGGGAAAGAGGUUACACCCUGGCUGCUUAAACGUGUGGGUGAGCUCACACAAGGGAGAUCAUUGGAAAGCAACGUUGCUUUAGUUCGGAACACUGCUUUAAUUGGCGGACAGAUUGCACGAGAAUACGCCAACCUAGCCUGGGAAAAUGAGCAAACUGACGUACGUUCCCUGCCGUCAGUGCCCAUCGUGAUGCUCAAUAUAUCUAGCUUCAUACACACCGGACCCUCGGAGGCUUUGAAUGAUGAAAAGGCAUCUAUAGUAGUGGUCGGAUGUGCUGCUGUGGAUAUUACAUCGAAAGUCCAGCAGACACCGACUUUCUCACAGAAGACCACCCACCCGGGAAAACUCACUUUAACUCUCGGGGGUGUGGCUCGUAAUAUCGCAGAAGCCGCACACAGGGUUUUGGCUGGGUCCAAAAACCAAAAUGCCGCCACUCUUCUUAUGGCACCGGUUGGCGAGGAUAUCUUUGGUAGACUCAUUACGGAUUUGACACGAUCCAUGGGCAUGAGAACAGAUGGAUUAUCAUUAGUUCCAGGUCAGCAAAGUGCCGUUUGCAAUGUUCUUCUUGACGCUCAAGGGGGACUUGAGACCGGUAUCGCGGAUAUGGAUCUUUCACAAUUGUGGAAAGGGUCGGAGGUUUUCUCAGUCUUGCGUCAUCACCGUCCGCGGCUUCUUGUUCUUGAUGGUAACAUUUCUUCAGAAACAAUGAGUGCGUGCUACUUAUUUUGCAGUGUUCGUCUUUUAUUCACUCUUUCCAGCGAGCCUACUUCUGUCACAAAAUCCACCCGAAUUCUUCCAGCGAUAGCCGCUAACCUCGGUCGGACGCCACGAUCCCUCAUCUCAUACGCCUCCCCUAACCUCCUGGAACUCGGCCACUUGUAUGAGGAAGCACGUACUACAUUCGACCUCAUGUCCCACGACCACUGGUGGCGAGUCAUCGACGGUUUUUCCCUGGGUUCUAGCUUCCGAAUGGAACUAGACCAAUUAGGAAGAGCGCCAGUCUCCGAUAAAGCUCCCGAACUGGGCGACUUAUCUUUCCUUGUCAACAAGGGCGUUGUUCAAAUGGCUAUCAACCUCUUGCCCUUCUUUCAGCACCUCGUAAUCAAGUGCGGGGAACAUGGGGUAGUAGUCGUAAUGCGACUUGGGGACGCAAACGUUGGCAAUUGGUCGAUGGAGCGCAGCAAUCUGCAAGGCAGAUAUAUUGUUGCUCACUCGCAAGUUUCAGCCGAAACAAUUGUCGUACAACAUUUCCCCCCAAUACAUAUUCCGCCAGGCACAGUGGUGAAUACCACUGGGGCAGGGGAUACAUUGGUCGGGACACUGCUGGCAAUGCUGGUCCGAAACCCCAAAACGUUCCUGGACGUCGUGGCUCUAAGGAAUGCCAUAGAUAUUUCUCAGCAGGCUGCCACAUUGACACUGCAGAGUUCCUCUGCAGUAUCCCCAUUACUUUCAUCGCUAUCAAUGCAACCUCUGCAGUGA